GCGUCGGAUCCGGCUCCGCGGCUUCUCAGGGGCGGGGCUGCUGCAGAGCAUCUCUCUGCCAGAGGAGCCCGAGCUGGAGCCUCGCUUUGUUCUGGUUGCCGUCUGCUAGACCCUCCGGCGUCUGGAUCCAUUCCUCGCCUCCUCCGGCCGCCCAUCCCCUGCAUGUAGGCCUGCAUCCCCUUCCCCAACCGCGUCGUCCCAGAUACCGCCCUCACCCCUCCCUCAAACUUCUGGCCAGCGCCCUUGCCGGGUACCCUCCUCUACAUCCCUCCCUCCUGCAUCAUCUUCUCCCUGGCCGCUUCCCAGGUCCCCCUUUUCCCAACGUCUGGGUCGCUCCGCCCGGCCCCGCCCCUCCAGGCCAGGGAUGUCCCCCGCAGCCCGGCGUCCAUGGUCCUGACGCUGCUGCUCUCCGCCUACAAGCUGUGCCGCUUCUUCGCCAUGUCGGGCACACGGCCCGGCGCCGAGCGGCUAGCGGUGCCGGGGCCGGACGGAGGCUGCGGCGCGGGCCCGGGCGGCGCGCGGGCCGUGGGCGCCGGCCUGGCCGAGGUGUUUCAGCUGGUGGAGGAGGCCUGGCUGCUGCCGGCCGUGGGCCGCGAGGUAGCCCAGGGUCUGUGCGACGCCAUCCGCCUGGACGGCGGCCUCGACCUGCUGCUGCGGCUGCUGCAGGCGCCGGAACUGGAGACGCGCGUUCAGGCCGCGCGCCUGCUGGAGCAGAUCCUGGUGGCUGAGAACCGGGACCGGGUGGCGCGCAUCGGGCUGGGCGUGAUCCUGAACCUGGCAAAGGAGCGCGAGCCGGUGGAGCUGGCGCGGAGCGUGGCAGGCAUCCUGGAGCACAUGUUCAAGCACUCGGAGGAGACGUGCCAGCGGCUGGUGGCGGCCGGCGGUCUGGAUGCCGUGCUGUACUGGUGCCGCCGCAUGGACCCGGCGCUGCUCCGCCACUGUGCGCUGGCCCUGGCCAACUGCGCGCUGCACGGGGGCCAGGCGGCGCAGCGGCGCAUGGUGGAGAAGCGCGCCGCCGAGUGGCUCUUCCCGCUCGCCUUCUCCAAAGAGGACGAGCUGCUGCGGCUGCACGCCUGCCUCGCUGUGGCGGUGCUGGCAACCAACAAGGAGGUGGAGCGCGAGGUGGAGCGCUCGGGCACGCUGGCGCUCGUGGAGCCGCUCGUGGCUUCGCUGGACCCCGGCCGCUUCGCCCGCUGCCUGGUGGACGCCAGCGACACCAGCCAAGGCCGCGGGCCCGACGACCUGCAGCGCCUCGUGCCGCUGCUCGACUCAUCGCGCAUGGAGGCACAGUGCAUCGGGGCUUUCUAUCUCUGUGCAGAGGCUGCCAUCAAGAGCCUGCAGGGCAAGACCAAGGUAUUCAGCGACAUUGGCGCCAUCCAGAGCCUGAAACGCCUCGUUUCCUACUCCACCAAUGGGACCACGUCGGCGCUGGCCAAGCGCGCGCUGCGCCUGCUGGGCGAGGAGGUGCCGCGGCCCAUCCUGCCCUGCGUGGCCAGCUGGAAGGAGGCCGAAGUCCAGACGUGGCUGCAGCAGAUCGGCUUCUCCCAGUACUGCGAGAGCUUCCGGGAGCAACAGGUAGAUGGCGACCUGCUUCUGCGGCUCACGGAGGAGGAACUCCAGACCGACCUGGGCAUGAAGUCGGGCAUCACCCGCAAGAGAUUCUUUAGGGAGCUCACGGAGCUCAAGACCUUCGCCAACUACGCCACAUGCGACCGCAGCAACCUGGCUGACUGGCUGGGCAGCCUGGACCCGCGCUUCCGCCAGUACACGUACGGCCUGGUCAGCUGCGGCCUGGACCGCUCCCUGCUGCACCGCGUAUCCGAGCAGCAGCUCCUGGAGGACUGCGGCAUCCGCCUGGGCGUGCACCGCUCCCGCAUCAUCUCAGCCGCCAGAGAAAUGCUACACUCCCCGCUGCCCUGCACUGGCGGCAAGCCCAGUGGGGACACCCCAGAUGUCUUCAUCAGCUACCGCAGGAACUCAGGCUCCCAGCUGGCCAGCCUCCUGAAAGUGCACCUGCAACUGCACGGCUUCAAUGUCUUCAUUGAUGUGGAGAAGCUGGAAGCAGGAAAGUUCGAGGACAAGCUCAUCCAGAGUGUCAUGGGAGCCCGCAACUUCGUGCUGGUGCUGUCGGCCGGGGCACUGGACAAGUGCAUGCAAGACCAUGACUGCAAGGACUGGGUACACAAGGAGAUCGCGACUGCUUUGAGCUGUGGCAAGAACAUUGUGCCCGUCAUUGAUGGCUUCGAGUGGCCGGAGCCCCAGGCCCUGCCUGAGGACAUACAGGCUGUGCUCACCUUCAACGGCAUCAAGUGGUCCCAUGAGUACCAGGAGGCCACCAUCGAGAAGAUCAUCCGCUUCCUGCAGGGCCGCUCCUCCCGGGACUCGUCUGCAGGCUCUGACACCAGUUUGGAGGGUGCCGCACCCAUGGGCCCGACUUAACCACUGCCUAGUUCCUGAGCCCUGCUGUUGCCAUUUCCUUUGUCCCCCCUGAAGGAGCAGCUCUUCACACUGGCCUCCCUGGACUGAGACAGUCUGGGCCCUUCUUAGGAAACGGCUCUUCCCUCUCCCCCACCCUCACGGUUCACCUCAAACCCAGCUUCCUCAGUGUCUGGAAAGGAAGGGAAGCCAGGCAUUGGGGGUGCUAAGGUUAGAGCUCCCCAGGCCCUGUCACCAGGUUCUCUGUCUCAGGUGUGGGAGGGUCACUGCUCAGUUCGGGAGACACUGGAGAUCAAGGGUUUGCUGCAAACUACCCCCUCUCCCGCCCUGACAGCAGCCAGCCUGAGUAGGGGGAGGACCUCUGACGGAAUUAGGGCAAUGCUCAGCCCUCUCAGCCAAGUAAAGGCCUGGGCUCAGGAGCCAGCUGGGGAUGAGAGUCCAGUGAUGGCUCUCCCAGUCACCUCAGCUGUGCCUGGCCCCUGGGCUCACCACUUCCUGCCACCUUGUGGCCUUGCUCUGUAACCACUCAGUGCCCUUAGCCAGCCUGGCCUGGUCCCGAGUCCUCUCUCAGCCUUCCUCAGGUGCAGCCUCCUUUGCCACAUCCAGGGUCAGGGGUGGGC